UGCUAUGGUAUAAAUUGACAUUAGAGACCAAGGAUUAUACUUCAGUAAGUUGGACUGCCAAAGACGAACAGGCUUCUUCACUUCAUAUAGGACUCUGAAAUUAUAAAUAGGCUACCAAUAUGAAUCUGUUCAACAUGGAGAAGUUGCUUGCUUUUGCUUUCCUGAUGGUGGCUUUGCCUUCCAGUGGCAUGGUCAGUGGAUAUGCCUCUGCUGUCAAUGAAUUUACCCCAUAUCCUUCCCUUCUCAGCCUCUCAGCAGCAAAUUCAGAAUUUGCAUUGCGUCUGUACAGACAGAUUGCCACUCAACCAGACACAGCUUCCCAAAAUAUUUUCUUUUCUCCACUGAGCAUCUCUGCCUCCCUGAGCAUGUUGUCAUUGGGUGCCAAGGAAAGAACUCGGGCUCAGCUCCUGCAGGUUCUUGGAUACAGCAACAUGACAAACAAUGGUGCUGUCGCCGUGAGGGAGACAUUCCCCCAGCUUCUGGAGCAUUUGAACAAUGUGAGUGUUGGAAUCCACAUGGGAAGCUCUCUGUAUGUUCAAAACGGAAAAGAAAUUCAUGAAAAGUUCCUCAAAGAAGCCGAGGAAUUUUAUAAUGCAGAAACAGUGACUGUUGAUUUUCAUGAACAACAAAGUACAAAAGACAAAAUAAAUGCUUAUGUGAAUAGCAAAACCAAUGGCAAAAUCCCAGACUUCCUUAAAGAGCCCCUCUCAUCGGAUACUUUGAUGUUUCUUCUCAACUAUAUCUUGUUCAAAGGUGAAUGGUUGCAGCCUUUUGACACUAAGCACACUUAUGAAGCUGAUUUUCAUGUCGACGACAGAACAACAGUGAGAGUUCACAUGAUGAGAAGGACAGGAAUGUAUUACUGGACAUAUGCCGAGGACCUCUCCAGUGAUGCGCUUCUGAUGGAAUAUGCAGGAAAUACCUCCCUAUUGAUUUUGCUACCGAAAUCUGGAAAAUUGGCAGAGCUGGAGCGGAAACUGACCGUUCAAAGAUUUGAUCAUCUCUCGUUGUCAAUGCAAAAGCAAUCUGUAGAUGUGCAUUUCCCAAAGAUGACGUUGAAGACAGCUUACAAACUCAAACCCCUACUGAGCUCCAUGGGUAUCGAAGAUGCAUUUACUAACUAUGCAAACUUUUCUGGAAUAUCUGAACAGCCUGUAAAAUUAUCAAAGGUGAUGCAUAAGGCUGUGCUGGAAGUAGAUGAGGAAGGAACAAAGGCUACUGCAGUUACAGGCAUGCAAGCAAUCCCACUGUCUCUUCCUGUUGAGUUUAAAUGUAACAGACCUUUCUUGUUACUAAUUGCUGAUAACUAUAUCAGGAGUGUCGUGUUUGCUGGGAGAGUGAUGAACCCCAGCAUUUGAUCACAGAGUCCACACCAUCACAAAACUUGUGCAUCUCCGGAUGGAAAACAAUGCAGUUACUUCUAACACUUAAACUUGUAACAUUUAAAUAUUGGGAGCUGGCUAACAUAAUUUAGGUUUGCUUUAUAAUAGGUUAACACAUCAGGCAUUGAUUGAAGAGAUUUCAAGUCAAAGUAAACCCUUCAACAAUAUCCACAUUAACAAAAUAUUUCAAAUAUAGACUUCCUGGUUGUUAUGAUUUGCUUAAUACAUAUUUGAUUGAAUGACAUGAUUUAUAUUAAAGUAGAAAUUGCACCUAAUCUUUACUAGUCGAGUU